UUGCUGGUCUCACAAUCUGGCAGCAGAUUGGAGAGAAGCAGAGGAGCCAUGGUGAGUCCGGAGCAGAAAGUGGUGCUGAUCACCGGAUGCUCCUCUGGCAUCGGCCUGAGGAUGGCUGUGAUGCUGGCCAAGGAUGAAAGGAAGCGCUAUCAUGUAAUAGCCACGAUGCGUGACCUGAAACGUAAAGAUAAGCUGGUGCAAGCUGCCGGAGAUGCUUAUGGGAAAACUCUUUCUCUUGCCGUCCUGGAUGUCUGCAGUGACGAAUCGGUCAAACAGUGUAUAGAUGGCAUCAAAGAUCGACACGUGGACGUCCUUAUCAAUAACGCCGGCAUCGGUCUGGUGGGUCCGAUAGAGAGCAUCCCCAUUGAAGAGAUGAAGAAAGUUUUUGAGACCAAUUUCUUUGGUGUUAUCCGCAUGAUUAAAGAGGUGAUGCCUGGUAUGAAGAAAAGGAGAGGAGGACACAUCAUCGUGGUCAGCAGUGUGAUGGGACUCCAAGCUGUGGUGUUUAACGAAAUCUACUCUGCAUCUAAGUUUGCCAUGGAGGGCUUUUGCGAGGGUUUGGCUGUGCAGCUUAUAGCGUUUAACGUCAUAGUGUCAAUGAUUGAACCAGGACCGGUGCACACAGAAUUUGAGUUAAAGACGAUCCGGGAUGUGAGAGAGAAGGAGUAUCCUGGAGCUGAUCCUGACACCAUAAAUUACUUCAAGAAUGUCUAUCUUCCUGGUGCUGUGAACAUCUUUGAGGCGUUCGGACAAAAGCCCGAUGACAUAGCGAAAUGUGUCAAGAAAGUGGUUGAAUCCAGCAGUCCACGUUUCCGUAAUCUAACCAAUCCGAUGUACACGCCCAUCAUUGCACUGAAGUACGCUGAUGAAACCGGAACCCUGUCUGUUCACGCCUUCUACCACAUGCUGUUCAACAUGGGCCCUCUGAUGCAGGUCUGCGUGACUGCCAUGAAGUUCCUCUCCUGUGGAUUUCUGAGGAGAAGGACGAUUUCGCCAGACUAAAAAGCUAACUGUUUCACAUCGAUGUGUCAAUAAUAAAGCAUAUGUGACUAUGUGCAAUACCCAGAAGACAAAUCAGAGCUGUUGUGAGAAAAUAAAAUCAUUUACAUGACUAAUUUUAACAUGUUAUAAAUGGAUAGAUAGAUUUAAAUGUGUGUGCAUGCGUGCAUGCAUGUGUGUGUGAUACAUGAGCUCUAAGCCCAUUUUACACCAUGAAUCACUUGUGUGACAUAGAAAGAGAUUUGUUGAUUGCAUACUAAAAAAACAACAACCGUAUUCCUUACUGUAACAGUUUUUAUUUUAUAGUAUGUAAACUUUUGCUGAACAUGCAUGUCUCGGGUGUCCCCACAUUUCCCAUCUUUAUCUGACACAUUGAAAACAAUAAAAUUGUGUUUUGCAACAUGUUUUUGUUAUGAUAAUAUAACUAACAUCAUAAAUGCAUUUUAGAAAUAAACGACUUUGACCAUUGUACAUCUUUUGGACCAUAUUAUUCAGAAUACUUUUAAUGUCCUGAUCAAUUUAUGUGUUCAGAAAUUUUAUUCAAAUGUAUGAAAUAAAACUGUCUGAGAU